UCACAUGAAACAGCAGUCAGAGACAAUAGGGAAAGCAGGGGAGCAGAGGCGUCGUUGAUAUGUUGAAGCGUGCAGCAAGCCAUUCGACAUGCAAGCGGUUGCUUGGCCAGCCGGUGGCACCGCGCUCCGCCGGCUCGACGAGGGCGAUCUCCGUCCUGCUAGCAAACCAGCCCAAACAACAACACGCCGUCAUCAGAGCCAGCCUUCGAAGGCGCCAGCAUCAACAGCCAGGGCACAGCGCGUGGUUGAGAGGGAUGACCGGGUCUACCUCCCGUAUUUCCGUUCUUGGGGCACCACGUGCCGCAUCAAGGUCGAUCAGCGCAGCGGCGGCAGGGCGCGCCGCGGAGCUGAAGGCCCGGAAUAGGAAAGUGGCGAUCUACAUGGCUUCCGUCGUGACGGCCGUCCUCGGGGUUAGCUACGCCGCCGUCCCCUUGUACAAGGUCUUUUGUCAGGUAACAGGGUUUGGGGGCACGACGCAGGUGGCCGACGCGGGCAAGGCUCUCAAGAUGAGCCCGGUUGAGGGCGGUCGAGUUAUUCGGGUGACGUUCGACGGUGGUACGGCGGACACAAUGCCCUGGAAGUUCAGGCCGACGCAGUCAGACGUCAAGGCGGGUGGUUCCGGGGGAGACAGCUCUGGCGUUUUUCACGGCUAAGAACCCGACCAAGAAACACAUCACGGGCGUGGCCACGUACAACGUCUUCCCGCUAAAGGCAGGCAAGGAUUUAUUUCAACAAGAUUCAGUGCUUCUGCUUCGAGGAACAGAGGCUCCGCUCCGGGGAGGAGAUCGACAUGCCCGUCUUCUUCUUCCUAGACCCCGAGAUGCUCGACGACCCGGCCAUGGACAGCGUCAACAACGUCACGCUGUCGUACACGUUCUUCCAGACCGCAGAGGAGGAUGCCGUGCUGGAGGAAGAAGAAGACGAUGAAGACGAGGAUGAGCGAGAGGGUAGACUGGCGGUGGCCGCACAAUAGUAGCAGGGGAGGUGAAGGAUGGGGGAGGGGGCAUGUUGGCGACGGCGGCUGCACAAUCGUGGUAAAGGUGGGACGUGCGUACUUGUGGGGUGCCGGGACCGGAGGGGGAGCUGUGGGUGAGCUUUUCUGUUGUGUUUUUUACCCGCGCUUGCUGGCGCUUGGGUGCCACACGGUUGGGAUACAGGUGUUUUUGACCAGCUUUGCGGCUUACGCUUGGGGACCACGCGGUUGGGAUGACAUGCUUGGAUCAGGAGCGCCAACCCCCCCCCGUCCCAACCCCACGAGUCGUGAUGCCGCAGCAGUGGGAGUAUUUGGGUCCCGAAAUCUUGUCGUUUGGAGAUUUUCCAACCGAGGUACUCGCUCGUAUGUGUGCAACGCCGUGUUCACAAGUUUCCAAAAAUAUGCCUAGCCCAACGAGGUUCUGCUGUUUUACCGAGAUGACGGAGUUCGUCGAUUGUGGGGAUCUCAGGUUUUGAGGGAUUCGAAGGACGGAGUUUUGGCUCUAGGGAUGGCGCACAUCAAGCGUAUUUGUCAUCUCUCGUUGUCGAGAACGUCGUCCGCGGUGUCCUCUCGCACGAUCGAUGUGCCUGUUGUGAUGUGUUCGGCCUAGCCUGGGACGGUUGGCGGGGGAAUAACGGGCGGGGGAAGAAAUCGCGGCGAAAUUUCGCUUAACCGUGUUGUAAAGCGUCCGGAAAUCUGGACACGGGGUGGGUCUUCUUGAGCGUGCUGAUGUUUUUUUUGUUUUUUUCGCCUGUGUCUCCUUUCAUGUUUCCUUGUGCGUCGUUUUGCGCCCACGCUCUCCCGUAGCAUCUUUGCGAAAGAAUCCCUGAAAGCGUUGAAGCUCUAUCUUGGUGGUGUUUUUAGUUUCUCAGUGUAGCAUGGCACCACUAGUGCGGUGCAGCAGACGAAACCCCCGUCAAUCAAAGGAGGAAGAGGCCCAAACGGUCGCAGCAAUCCCCGCAGUCUGUGGUUGUGCUCUGUCCAAUUUCCGUGAGAAGCACGUGCAUGUCUGGGUGGGAAGGGCAAUUUGGCAGCCGAGACAUGGACAUGCUUCGAAAAACAGCCUUGUUCACCACAUUUUGGUGACGAAAGUAAUCAUUGUGGACGGGCAACGGAGAGAGGUCAUUCCCAUCGCGCGAAAACUAUCGCAGGUUCCAAUUUGUUCCGCGCACUCUCGUGUAAAGCGUGUGGCGUAUCUCCUUCGCCGUAGUCCCGGGCGCGUUUGCUGCUAGUCAGUCCGUUGCGCGUGGUGCACGGUGUUUGCGGGUUGUGUGAGUCAAACGCAUUUUGGGUGAGGUAAAAAAGGGGGCGGGUGUUAUAAUCGCGUGCGCGAUGCUGCUUUGGGAGAGGCAACACGGAUGUUUGAAGGUGGACGAACAAAGUGAGAGCUGGUACACCCCAGCAGCAAUGACCAACGAGUAGUGUGGCAUGCCUGCAUGACACAUGUGUUGAACGCAGCGCGAUUGAAUAUUGACGCCACCUACAUAAGAGGCGAGCGGUUUACGCGUCGCCUCAGAUGGCGGGGCUAGACACAAACCCAAGCAGUAGCGCCACCU